AUAGUGCUGCAAAAUUUCAACCAUCACUUACCGUAUUCUAUCAUUCAAGAAGGAUGAGAUGCAAAUAAUUUUAGAAAAUAAAAUAAUUUUAGAAAAUAUACUUACUUAUAACCAUAUCUAUUUUUUCUCGCCCUUUUGAGUAGUUCUGAUUAAUAUCAAUCGAGGUAUUGAACAAAAACAAGAAUCAAUCGAGUUGGCACCAUGACUGAUCAAGUUGUCAUGUUGAAAUGAAGAACGAAUCAUGAGUUGUUUCAGCUGUUGCGAAGAGGAUGAACUCCACAAAGCUGCUGACAAUGGAGGACCAUACGUGGCAAAAAACUCAACAGGAAAUGAUGGAAAUUAUCAUGCUUCUGAAACUGCAAAGCAGGGUGCUCAGACUGUUAAAGUCCAGCCCAUUGAAGUUCCUGCCAUAUCAGCGGAUGAAUUAAAAGAAAUUACAGAUAAUUAUGGGACCAAUUCUCUGAUUGGGGAGGGGUCCUAUGGAAGAGUAUAUUAUGGCGUUCUUAAAAAUGGUCAGGCUGCAGCAAUCAAGAAGUUAGAUGCUAGCAAACAACCUGAUGAUGAAUUUUUAGCCCAGGUUUCCAUGGUAUCAAGGCUGAAGCAUGAAAAUUUCGUUCAAUUACUUGGUUAUUGUGUUGAUGGAAGUUCCCGUGUUCUUGCUUAUGAGUUUGCAUCUAAUGGAUCUCUUCACGAUAUUUUACAUGGCAGAAAAGGUGUUAAAGGAGCCCAACCUGGUCCUGUCCUGUCAUGGGCACAGAGAGUAAAGAUCGCUGUGGGGGCUGCAAAAGGGCUUGAGUACUUGCAUGAGAAGGCUGAUCCUCACAUUAUCCACCGAGACAUCAAAUCAAGCAAUGUACUGAUUUUUGACGAUGAUGUUGCUAAGAUUGCAGAUUUUGAUUUGUCAAAUCAGGCUCCUGAUAUGGCUGCGCGUCUUCAUUCCACUCGUGUCCUAGGAACCUUUGGUUAUCAUGCACCAGAAUAUGCAAUGACUGGACAACUGAAUGCCAAAAGUGAUGUAUACAGCUUUGGCGUUGUCCUUCUGGAACUUUUGACUGGAAGGAAGCCUGUGGAUCAUACCCUACCUCGUGGACAGCAGAGUCUGGUUACUUGGGCUACACCAAAACUCAGUGAAGAUAAAGUCAGGCAGUGUGUUGAUACAAGACUAGGAGGAGAUUACCCACCCAAAGCUGUUGCUAAGAUGGCUGCUGUUGCUGCGCUAUGCGUGCAAUAUGAAGCUGACUUCAGACCAAACAUGAGCAUUGUAGUCAAAGCUCUUCAACCUUUAUUAAAUGCACGACCUGGACCUGCUGGUGAUACUCCAAAUUGAUCUCUGUAUCUUUCACCCUGUAUCUGUGAGCAUAUGCACAAUGUGCAUGCAAAAAAUAUAAGAGAUGGAACAUGGUUAUAUA